AUAGCCAUCUUGUCAGUGGUGACUGAGGGAGGGAGGUGACUGUGGGCGCUGUUUAGAUCCUCGUUUUGUCUCAAAGCGUGAGGUUUAACUCACUUUCCUUCCUUCGACCGCACUCAGCACCACCGUCGGAGCCGAAACGGGAGGACUUCGAACCGGGGAAGUGUGCGGGCACGACGGACUGCUUUCUGGAAGAUGUCUCGCAUACUUGUUCCGACGUAGGGGGAGUGUGCAGCCGCCAGUUGGCUUGACUUGCUAGCUAGCUCUGCGAGUGGAGGGCUGCGGGCCCUCCUCAGCCUCUCCUAGCUCCUGCAGCUGGGCAACACACUGUGCGACAGCGGCCGCCUGACAACUGCACAGCCGGGAUAUUAGCAGGCCGGCCCGGACCCACCAAAACCCCUCGGCCCGAUCACCGCACUGGCGCAGGCUCGGGCGGCUGGUAGCGGCGUCUGAACUCGCAUCCGCCGGACAAGACGACAAGAAGUGCGGCGUUGCGCUAUGAGCUCAUGAAACGAAACAGGAGACCGAGAGAGGAAGAGGGAUGGCGCAGAUUCAUCUCGAUUACAGUUGAGUAAAAUAGAUGAAAGUGUGCUCUUGAACAUGAUCUAAGCUGCUCCAGCUGCAACCAGCUCGUCCCUUUUCCGCGAAGGAUACACAUAGACAUACGGGGGACUCGGAAUCAGGCUCUUAAUAUGUCGAAAAUGCCGGCCAAGAAGAAGAGCUGCUUCCAGAUCACAAGUGUGACUCAGGCCCAGGUGGCGGCGAUAGGUGCCGCGGACGACACGGAGAGUCUGGACGACCCGGACGAGUCCCGGACUGAGGACGUGUCCUCGGAGAUUUACGACGUUUCUCGGGCCGAGUACGAGCCUGCGUGUGACAGGAGUUCGUCCGAAGAAGCACUGAACAACGUCGGAGAGCCGGAGGCGAUCAGCGCUGUGGCCCCAUCUCACAUACCUCAAGCCGGUCAUCUGUCUGCGCUGUCAGGCGCUUCCAUAGGGGAGUUCCGAAAAUUGCCGGGCUCAGCUCAAGGUGGCCAGCAGCCGCAGGGCAGCGGCGUCACAACUGGUUUACCCAUCAUCCCUCAGCCAGGAGCAGGGCAUCAUCAGCCGGCUCCGGCAUCCAGCGUGUCAGCAAACGCAUCCCAAGCUGCUGCAGUGACCAGUUCAGCUGCUGCUCCUCCUCCUGCCACCUCCACGGUGAGUUGCACUUCACGCUUCAGGGUCAUCAAGCUCGAUCACGGUACUGGAGAACCCUUCCGGAGAGGCCGGUGGACGUGCACAGAGUUUUAUGAGAAGGACUCCGAGGGCUCCGGAGUUGGUAGGACUGUAGACAGCAUCAGGCAUGCCAGUGCAACAUUGGAACCUGCUGCAGACAGAGACAGUGGGCUCGGCCUCACCGGGGGCUCUGUGGUUUCCUCAGGUCAGGGCUUGGGCUCCGUGGCAGAUGCUUCUCUCCCAUCAUCCCGCAUUCAUUCAGCGGAGACACUACCGCAGCAAAUCCACCAUCAAAACUUCAGCGCCCGACAACAGCCUACGGCUGUCCCGGCUCAGCCAACAGUGGGAGGUCUCCAGCCCUCUGCCCCACAGAGUGUGCUGCCAGUCGGACUAAAUGGCUUGCCUCUAUCUGGUGUCAUCAUCCAAAAGCCCUCCAUCAUGCCUCCCACAGGCCAGCCCAGCACUUACUCUCCUCCGCAACAGCAGCACCAGCUUCCCAUUGGCCACCCCUUGACUGGCCAGUCAUCUGGACUGUAUCAGAACCAGACGGAGUACUAUCAGCAGCAACAGACUGCUCCCAUGCAGCCGGGGAUUUCUACCAGCCAGUCCCUGCCAGUGUCUGGCCUCACAGCCGGGUUGCAGCCUGGGAGCCAGGGGCCUGCCUCAGUCAUUCCUCUAACCUCUGUAGGGGCGUCUGUGCCAAGUCAGGUUGGAGAUCUGGUUGGAGCAGGAGGGGGAUCCCUAACCACUGGACAACCAACUCCGGGCCUCUUUCAGCAGCAGAAUGCUGGUAUGGGAGGUGUCGGAGGCUCCAUACUGGUUGGCGGAUGCAUUCUCCAGCAGCAGACUGUGAGUCCUUAUGCCCCCGCUGUACAGCCUCAACCCCACGGCCUCCACCCUGCAUCCUCCAGUGUACAAAAUGUGCCUGUCAUGGCAGUGGGCUCUAGUGCGUCCACCGCUUUGCCCAGUGCCUCCAGUGCAGCCAUGCCAAAUGUGACAGCUUCCAGUUUGCCUCUGGGUCAUAUACCCCACAAUACGACUUCACUGGUGUUGGGGACCCAGGUUCUCCCAGCACAUGGAUUUGGACCGGUGGAGGGUGGUGGUGGUCUCGUCAACGCACAGUCUCCUGUUGUCUCCGGGAAAGAACCAUUGAAGCCCUUCAUGCCUGAGAGCUUGCAGCUCACUACUCCAGCUGUCAACAGCCUGUUUGGAAUCCACAUACCUAUCGACGGGGAGGAGGACAGGAACCCCUCCAAGGCUUUCUACCAGGCCUUCCAGUCUGGCAGCAGAUUAAGAGACUCAAAGGCUCACAGUGAUAGUGCCUCUGGAUCCAAUGUCGUUGCCAUUGAUAAUAAAAUAGAACAGGCUAUGGACCUGGUGAAAAGCCAUCUGAUGUAUGCAGUGCGUGAAGAGGUGGAGGUCUUGAAGGAACAGAUCAAGGAGCUGUUCGAGAGGAACUCUAUGCUGGAGCGGGAGAAUGCCGUGUUGAAAUCCGUGGCCAACAGCGAGCAGCUGUCUCAGCUGUCCACCCAGCCGGCCGCCAGCUCGGGUGCCACGCCUCCCCAGCAAGGACUCAGCCACCCCCAGCAACAGGCCCCACCUCCGCUUCAAGCUCAAGUUCCGCCACAGGCGCAGCCCCAGGUCCAGCACCACCCGAAACCCCAGCAGCUCCAGACUCAGCCCCAGCCCGACCCAGGCCAACAGCAACAACUGCAACCCAACGUCACCUCUGCUUGAAGUGCAUCUGCCCCAUGCGACGCAAAAAGAGCAUCUUCUCUACAGCUUAUUACAGUUAGUGUAUGUGAAAAUAAAAAGAAGAAAAAAACUUUGUCUUCUUAGCCACCAGCUUGACCACAAAGAGUACAGUGCUUGUGUGUAUGUGUGUGUGCGUGAGGGUGAGUUAGCAAGGAAGUGUGAAUUUUGUGUUGGAAUGUGUAUGCAUCUGUACUGUGGGCCUUUCCAGUGUUAAUGCAAUCAUCAAGAGAGACGGAGACGGAGAGACAUGGACAGAGGAAGUGUGUCGAGAGAGUGUGUAGAGACAGGGUGUCCGGGGAAGGUUGGGCUGGUUUCGUCGUGUCGGGUCGACCGCUGGUUCCGGGCUCAUACAGACGACGUCCUGUAUUGGACCGGGCCUCGGAGACGAUCCUGCGACUGGACCUGAGAUCUGCUCUGCCUGCGGGCGUGGAAAGGGAGGAGUACACCUCACAUAAGGGACAAGUGAGAGUGAUUGUCAAAAAAAAGAGUGAUUAUUUUUUUAAACAAGACAAUUGGGUGGGUAAAGAGUUAUUUUUAGCCUUGCUGUUCCAUGUAAAGUAAGAAGUGGAAGAGAGUCCAUUUUCUUUUUGAGCGCCACUUCGCUGCCGUUACUUUCACAUCAUGUCCAACUCUUGCAUCGCUCUUCUGAGUCCUACUGUUAAGUGUUUUAUUUAUUACGGGGCUGCUAUUUUCAUUCAUGAACCAUUUUCACGAAACCAGUAGCCCUUUGACUUCGUUCCUCUUUUCUUUUACAGUGUUCAGCAGAUUGGCCACAUGCCCCAGGGGGCAAGGCUUUAUAUUAGGCAAGAGUAUUGCCAAAACCAGUCCUGACAAAUGUUUAACACUAACUCUGUAUUUUGGGCUGCGAUCGCCUAUUCAGAGCUCCAGUCCAGAUCCAGAAGGUACAUUUGUUUAGUAUAAAGCAUCAUAACUCCUGUUGACAUCAAAUCUAAACGUGAGCCUGCACACACACACAUUUGAAGAUUCGAUUGUCUGUAGUUUAUAUAAAAGUGAAUUAGUAUUGCCACACCCCCCCUCAUGUUUCCUCCAUUGUUUUUCCUGAGGGGGGCCUGGGGGGAAAAGCUGUGAAAUCAUUCAUCCUACUUUGUAACCAAAGAUGCAAAGCUGUGUAAAUGGAUUAUUUUUAAAUGCACACAUGUAUUU